AUGGAUCAUGCAUCUACUUCAAAUUAUAAUAUGUCAAGUCAGUACAUGGAUCAUCCAUCUACCUCAAAUCAUAAUAUGUCUGUUGAAUCUCAUUAUGAAGACAAUAAUGACUCCAACUCUGACAAUAAUUUAAAUUCUUCUAAUAGUUCCGACUCUGACGAAGAUUCAGACCCGGCACAAUUACAGGAGGCCCAUCUUCAAGAAUAUUACGAUAUUGGCGACCAAAGUUAUGAAUGCGCACACUGUCAAGCAUGUAUGUGGUACCAAGAAAAAGUGAAUAGACACAAAAUUACAGCAACUCCUCGCUUUUAUCGUUGUUGCCGUGGAGGAAAAAUUGUUCUUCCGUUCCUUGAACAACCUCCACAGGGUCAGACCUGUCAUCGAAUUGGUACACUGCUGCCAGAAAUAGGGCAACCUCCGCAAUAUGCUCAAUUAUACAUCUAUGACACGGACAAUGAAGUUGAACACAGAAUCAAAUGUUUCAAGGACAACAAAGGCAUCGAGCGACCGGUUGUCAAAAAGCUCAAGAUGAUGUUAGAUGAGCACAAUGUUCAUGCCAAAGCUUUUAGAAUGGCAAGGGAUGUUUUAAGGACAAAUUCUUUCACAGAUUUAAAACUCAGGCUUAUUUUUGAUAGACCCGAAGAUGGCCGUGUUUACAAUAAACCUACUGUCUCAGAAGUGGCUGCACUCAUUGUGGGAGACAUUGAUUCUGCUGAUAAAAGGGACAUCUUAAUUCAGCGCCGCAAUGGUGGUUUGCAACGAAUAGAUGAGUUUCACCCAGCAUAUUUGGCUUAUCAGUAUCCUCUUAUAUUUCCUUAUGGGGAAGAUGGUUACAGGAAAAAUAUAAUUCACAGAUAUCGCCAUGAAACUGAGGUCACUAGGAGAAACCGUCAAAGCAUUAAGGAUUGGUUUUCUUACCGGUUACAACAACCUCGCAAAGAGGCAAAAACACUACUUUACUCAAGACGCCUAUUUCAACAAUUCUUAGUCGACGGCUAUGCUAUGAUGGAAUCCGAACAACUGAAUUGGUUGAGAGAUAAUCAAUCGAAAUUAAGAGUGGGCAAAUAUAAUAAUUUGGCCGCUCAAACUGAUGGCGAUACAAGAAAUGAACACCAAAAGCGAGGAAAACGAGUUGUUCUGCCAUCAACAUUUGUUGGUAGCAAGAGAUAUAUGGAUCAACUAUAUUUUGACGGUAUGGCCAUUUCAAGUCAAUUGGGAUUCCCUGAUUUAUUUGUUACUUUUACCUGCAACCCAAAUUGGCCUUAA